AUAAUAAUUGUUUAUUUAUAAAUAAUAUAAAAAGUUAUUCAUUAGCGUAGACAAAUAACAAUUCAGGGCAAACUCGGAACUUACUAAGGGUUCGUCCGGCCUGCUGAACUGUGUUUGUUUUAUUACACGAUUAAUACUACAGGCGCAAAUGGCUGACCAGAGGUUUUGUUUGCGAUGGAACAACCACCAACCGAACCUGGUCAACGUCAUGACCGGUCUGUUGAACAGCGAAAUGUUUGUGGACGCUACCAUAGCGGCGGAGGGACGCAAAAUUCAAGUUCACAAAGUCGUGCUAUCGGCGUGCAGUAGCUACUUUCAAAUGUUAUUUAAUGAAACGCCGUGCCAACAUCCGAUAAUCAUAAUUAAAGAUAUGUCAUACAACCAUUUGAAGAUUCUUAUUGAGUUUAUGUAUUACGGAGAAGUAAAUAUUUCACAAGAUCAAUUACCAGUAAUUUUAAAAGCGGCGGAAAGUUUACAAAUCAAAGGGCUUGCGGAAAAAUCUAAUCUGCUCGCUACACCUCAACCCAUGGAGACCGAAUACAGUUUGUUAUCGCCGUCAGCUAAACGUAAAAAGAUGCACAUGAGAACGUCAAGUGAUAAAUCUGAUAACAACAGUUCUAUGGAAGACAACUCGGUUAAGACUGAACAAAAUAACUUAGCAAUUAGUUCUCAGCCUGUACUACACGGACAGGAAACAUCAAAAUUAAUUCACAGUAGUGCUGGUGGUGUUCCCAAGCACUCGUCAUCAGAAAACAUCAAUCAAAAACCGCCUGAAGCUAGUAAACGAAUUAGAACGCUCGUACGGCAGCCCAAUUUAAAGGUUAACGAUUACGAGAUCAAAGUGGAAAUGAGUCAGCUAAUUAAAAACGAACCAAACGAUGAAACUGAACCUGUAAUCCGAGUUCUGGAAAGGCAAAGUUCCGAACCUAACCCAUCCUCGACCAAUACGUUAUCUGUUCCUAAGCCAACAAUAGUCAAACAACAUUCGCAACCUACCGAAUCCAUUCCUAUGACCAGGGGAUACCUGACUGAAGAUCUAUCUACGUCUUCGGCUCAAACCAACACAGACGAUACGUUCAACGGAUCAACUCGUUCCGAUCACUGUCCGUUGUUGCGUUCCGGACCUGCGCUCGGCUGCAGUUUCUGUUGGAAUACAAUCGAUACAAGAGGAAGGUUUUUGAGACGGAAAACCAAAUACCAUUGUCCCGAAUGCAACAUUAACCUGUGUUUAGUACCGUGUUUUCAGGAAUUUCACGAAAAGCAAACUCAAACGACAAAACCGAAUGAUUCAACAGACAAUAAUUGUCGAUCUCAGAAAACUACAGUUGAAGACGUUGCUGGUUGAGUUUAAAUUUUUAAUAGAUUUGUUAAUUACCCUUUUUAUUACGACGUUACCAAUUGCUACUACUUAAGAAUUUGUCCUUUUUUUUAAAAUUUAGAAUAGAAAUAUAAUUACAAUUAUUUAAUUAUGUUUUAUUCUUGAAACGAAAAACAUAAUUAUUUGUACAUACACUACGUAUU